AUGAUUAGUUUAUCAACCACCGGAGUAUAUGUUCGGAAUAUUCAGGGUUUGCCCCGAAUUGUGGACGUUGAGGCUCGAGAGAUCCGUACUCUGGGUUAUCGAUCUGAAGAUGUCUUUUUGUUUCUGAAGAUUGAAGAAGUAUUUCUGGGGGCUCCGUCGAAGCUAGGGUUUCUGGAGCUCGCGUUUAACGAGCGUCUGUGUGGUGAACUUUCUGCUACUCUCAAGAUUUGGUGGUUAGUUUAUUUCAAUUUUGGGAUGAAUCGGAGUUUUAGAGCACCGGAAAGGGGGCAAAUGGGGAGCCUGAGAUUGAAGGAUAAUAGAGACGAAGAUUUGGCAUUGUUUCGGGAAAUGCGGAAGCGUGAGAAGGAGAGGAACAAUCUUCUUCUUCUUCAGAAUUCGGACGAGUUUGAUGCUCCACUUGGACACGGCGCUUCCCCAAUAUUCAAUAUACCUUCGGCUACGCCUGCUCCUGGCCGAAAGACUGGUGCUGAUGAUUUUCUCAAUUCUGAUAAUGAUAAAAAUGACUAUGACUGGCUUUUGACACCUCCUGGAACUCCUCUGUUUCCUUCACUGGAGAUGGAACAACAUAAAACUGUAAUGAGCCAGCUUGGAACUCCAAAAGCUCGACCUACAGCUCUGAAGUCAAGACUAGCCAAUCCCCCGCCCGACCCCAUCUCCAGGAACAACCUAUCUUCCAGACAAACAUCAUCUUCAUCAUCCUCUCUGCUAAACACUUCAAGCGGAAGUCUCCGCCGCCCAUCUUCCUCCGGCGGGUCCGGGUCAAGACCCUCGACUCCAACGGGCCGCCCAACCCUUACCUCAACAUCCCGACCCACCCUGACCAAGCCCGCCACCUCCUCAAUCUCAUCCCGAUCCACGUCAUCAAAACCCUCUCGAUCCUCCACCCCCACCACCUCACGCCCCACUCUCUCCUCAUCAAGACCCGCACCCCCCACCGCCGCCAGAUCCUCCACCCCAACCUCCCGAUCCACCGCCCGCUCCUCAACCCCGACUAGAGUCCCGGGCCCCACCAUGCCCUCGUCGAGAUCCACAUCUCGGGCCUCGACCCCGACUCGCCGUCCGGUAAUCAACACAGCCGUGAAAUCCCCGACAGCCUCCUCGGUUUCGAGACCUGCCUCGACGAAUCCUCAGAGGAACACGUCUCGUCCCAGCUCACCGACCGUUCGACCGAAAAUGUGGAAGCCCUCAGAAAUGCCCGGGUUCUCGCUCGACGCCCCGCCUAACCUCAGGACAUCGAUAUCCGACAGGCAGCCGUCGGUCACGCGGGGUCGACCCGGGGCGCCGGGCCCGCGGUCUUCUUCGGUGGAACCCGGUUCGAACGGGCGGGUCAGGCGGCAGUCGUGUUCUCCGGCGAGGGGACGGCCGCCUAACGGGGUCUCACACAGCAGUGGUAGCUCGGUUCCCGUGCCAGCUGUGAACCGGCUGCAUGCGAAGGCGAAUGAUAACGUGAGCCCGGUUCUUGUCGGGACUAAGAUGGUGGAGAGGGUUAUUAAUAUGAGGAAGCUCGCGCCUCCCAGGAUGGAUGACAAGAAUUCGCCGCGCAGCAAUUUGUCCGGAAAGUCUUCGUCUCCCGACAGCUCGGGGUUCGGAAGGACGCUUUCGAAGAAAUCUUUGGAUAUGGCGAUAAGGCACAUGGAUAUAAGGCGAACUAUUCCUGGAAAUCUAAGGCCUCUGAUGACCAACAUACCUGCAUCGUCAAUGUAUAGUGUUCGAUCGGGACCACCCAGAAGGAAAGUUAGCGCAUUGGAUUCACCAGUUGCAACGAGUAGCAACGCUAGCUCUGAAGUGAGUGUUAAUAACAAUGCCCUCUGCAUGGAUGGGCAUGAGGUCGAUGAUGAUGUCAGCAGCGAUAAGGGUAUUCGGUCACCGGCAAGUUUACGCGGGAGGUGAUUUUUGUUUAAUUUGAUGCCUUCUCUUUAUGCAUUUGGCAGCAUUCUUGCGGGUCAGCUGAGAAUUGCUGACUUUUUUAUUGGGAGGAGAAAAGAGGGAAAAGAAUGAAAAAUGGUUUGAGGAGAUGUGUUUUCUAUAAUGUUUAAUGUAAAUUUCUAUGCAUGGUUAGUAGUUGUACGAGCCAUUUACUGCUUUGUAUUAUGGGUAGAGACCGGGUCAUAUGGAUCAUCGUCUUAUGAGUUUGGUUUGUUUUGGUAAUGGAAUGUUGUCACCCGAUAUUGUGGAAUUCUGAUCGAUACUUCCUAAUUUCUAAGCUGAUUCGUGAAUCGAACUUGUCCAGAAUCUGGAUUAGCUGUAUUUAGUGGUUUUUCUGUUUGUUAUCAGUUACUUGCUUGGUUCGUAAAUUUAGGGACAUUCAUUGUGUUAGUUGAUUAUCCAAGCACCUAUUACAAUCAUG